AUGUCCGACGAAGCCUCGUCGGUGCGCUCCUCGCAGGGGUCCUCGCGACGUGCGCCCAAGAACCCCCAGCAGCAGCUCUCGCAGAUCGAAAAGUCCGUCACCCACCUGCUCGUCGCCACCAAGCAGCUGCUCGAGACACUGACCCUGUGGUCGCGCGGGACCGCCACCGAGAGCGAGGUCUCCGAUGUCUACGUCCGCCUCGGCUACGAAUUCAACAUCGCCUCGCGCGCCUUCAACGCCAUCGGCGUCGACACAAACGACCUGGGCAACGUGCCCGAGCUGCUGCGCGGCAUCCUCGAGGAGACGCUGAGCCAGGAAGCUUCGCAGGCGAGCCUCGACAACUUCCUCCCGCGCAUACGCGACAUCAUCAUCAACCUGCUGCACGGCCUGAAGAAGAAGCAGCAGCGCUUGCGCCAGCGCACCGGCCGAGAUGGCUCCAUCAACGGCACCAGUCCUCGCCAGGCCAGCACAGGGAGCACCGCCGAGGCAGACGAGCCCCAGCAGCACCAGCAGCAGACACGCGCCUCGAGCACACGCCUGCCAGCCCGCAACGACGACAACGCCAACAACCCCGAUCUCCCCCCACGCUCCUCGUCGGUCGCGGGACGCCUCUCGCCAACCAAGCACGACGCCCUCCCCCCGAAUUCCCGCACGAACCGCAACACAAACACCAGCCAAAUCUCCACCGACUCCUCCAUGUCGAGCAACACGGCCCAGCACAUGCCCGUCAUCGCGCCCUAUCCAGCCGACGACGCCAUGCCCCACACCCCCGACCCUCCACGAUCAAACUACGCCACCGACUUCCCCCCAACCCCACCCCCGCCCAAGGAGGAGGAUGCCCUGGCUGCCCUGCAGAGGGGCGGAGAGCUGGAGAGGAGGGCCUCACGCCGAUUCUCAGCCUAUCAGAUCCAGAAGCACCUCGGCACCAACGGCAUACCGCUUCCACCCGUGCAGAACUCGCCCAUACCCAACCGAGGGAGAGACGUGCGGGAGUCGAUGAAUGCCGUGAGGACAAGGGGUUCUGUCAUGCACAGCCGCCACCGGUCGAACCAGCAGCGGCCCGCGGUCGACACCAACCUGGACAGAGCGAACAAUGCCUCGAGACGCACAUCAGAACAAGGCUCACAGAGCGCGGCCCCCGUGUUCCCCCCGCCUCAAGAGCCUGGCCCAGCGCUCAGCCCCAUGCAGCAAACGCCCGAGGAAAUGCUGGCCCAGCCUCACUUCCCGGAGCCUGAGCAAGCCUCCGUCGGAGCCACGAGCGGUCCUCUGGGCGACCCCAUCGACAUGGCCGGCGAGUCCGACGAGCACUUCACACCGGCUGCCAGCCUUCCAGCAAGGAGCAACUCGCGCAGGGCUGCCAAGUCGCCCUCUCCGCAGCCGCAGCAGUUCGUGCCGGAGCAGUCGCCACAGCCCGGCAAAGAGCUCACCUUGUUUCUGCAGUACAAGAGUAAGAUUAAGAAAUACGUCUUCUCGGACGGAUCAGAGCUCUCGCCCGGGCGACUGCAGCUCGCCUUUAUUGAAAAGUUCGCCUGGGAUACGCACCGAAACGGCGAACUUCCCGAUAUCCACAUUCAGGAUCCAGUCUCUGGUGUUCGCUACGAGCUAGAGGAUCUGAACGACAUCAAGGAACGCUCGGUCCUUGUCUUGAACGUCGAGCAGCUGGACGAGGUCAAAAACCACAUCGACGAUAAAUUCGGUGGUCUGAGCAAACUAGUGGAAAGCAUCAAGACGGUCGUCGUCGACCAGCAAUCCGCCAUCGACCGUGUCGCCGAGCGACAACAACAGACGGCGCGCGAGCUCGCUGGUAUCGCAGCAGCACCGCCCUCUUCGGCACGCAACUCGGCACUGCUAUCGUCGAGACCGCUACAGACUGGCACACCGCCCGAGGGAUCGCUAACCUCGGCUGCCCAGCUCAAUGAAGUCCAGUCCCUGCGCCGCGACCUGGCCGUUGUCAGACAAACCUACUCCUCGUUCGUCUCAGACAUCCAAGCUAGCAUGUCAGCCGUGCGGACAAAGGCGAAUGCCGUCAAGUCAACUGCCGUCAAGGCUGCACUGCCUACGCUCGACGGAGACACCGGCCGCGCAUACAUCAACGGCGGCAAGAAGAACUUGCAAGAUGACUCCGAGAAGAUCGUCAACCGCGUUGACGAUCUCCAGGAUCUCGUCGAAGAUCUCCGCAAGGACGUCGUCCUGCGAGGUGUGCGACCCCUACCGCGCCAGCUCGAAGUCACCGCAAAGGAUCUGUCCAAGGCCACGGCUGAGCUCAAGAAGCUGCAAGACUUCCUGGCCAAGGAGAAGCCUCUGUGGACCAAGAUCUGGGAGCAAGAACUGCAGACGGUGUGCGAGGAAAGGGAUCUGCUUACCAUGCAGGAAGAGCUUGCCGCUGAUCUGCAGGACGAUCUCGAGAAGGCUACCCAGACGUUUGAACUCGUCGAGCAGGCAACCAAGCAGCAGAACCUGCAGAACGAGAAGGAACAGGGCAAAGGCAUUCGCACUGCCAGCGGACAAAAGGCUCUCAACGCUGUAGCUCUCGACAAGGCCGUGGACCCCCGACAGGCCCGAGAUGGGGUGCUGGGCGAAGUCAAGGCGCUGCAACCGAACCACGAGAGCAGACUGGAAGCCAUUGAGCGUGCGGAAAAGGCUCGGCAACGCGACCUCGAAACAAGGCGCGACGACGAAUUCAAGCGAGAGCUCGGCGAUUUCGUUCAGGAGGGCAAGCUGAAGAAGAGCGGCGGAGUCGAAGAGGUCGAGCGCAUUCGCUUGAUGCGAGAAGAGCGUGCUCGGAAGGAGCACAUGGAGCGCGAAGCCGAACGCAUUAGAAAGAAGUCCGAGAAGAUGGAGCGCGAGAGACAGGCCAGGAUGGAGGCUGCCGCCGCAGAGGCUGCAGCGCACGACAACGGGACCGAGGAGACCGCCGAAGAAGCCGCACCGGCAGAGGACGCACCAGCACAGGAAGAGGCCAAGGAGGAACGGGCACCGUCGCCUGAAGGUGCAAAUCCUUCCUGA